AUGCAGCUCUCGUUCGAGCUGGAGAACAAGGGAUCGGUCGCGCGCGAUCACCUUGCGCUUGAGCGCACAUUCCUCGCGUGGAUGCGCACCUCGCUUAGCUUGGUCGCGAUUGGAAUUGCCAUUACCCAGCUGUUUCGGCUGCCCGAGCUGAUUGUCGACCGCACGCAGGCUACCGGGCUGUCCGUGCUCCUUCGCGGCGCGGUGCACGUCCUGGAUGAUGUGCAUAUUACCCGCAUCGAGAUCUUUGUGCUUGCAUCAAUUACUGGUGCACUGCUCUUUGGCACGCUUGCAGUGCUGAUUGCCGUCGCAGCAGGUGCAUUGUAG